CUUUAAUGUAACAUAAAAAGGAAGCAAGUAAAUAGGCCAUCGCGCUCACAGUGUUCUGCUUUCAGGUCGCUCUUUGUAACACCUGCCUUCGCCGCACUCUUAGAAACCUAUAUAGACUGAUAUUGCACUCAACGUCUAAACUACCGGCAUACAUGCGAACGUGUCUAUGCGGAUUCCAUUCCUGCUUAUGUGAACAACACCUAUCCCAAUCCUGCUAUAAGCCGAACCCAUGGCUGGAAACAUUGCAGAUAUCUAUGCAGCAUGCCGUAGCAGCUCCAGUGCAGAUGAACUGCUCGCUCUCCUGCUGAAGCCUGGUGUUGCGACAGAAGUUGCACACCACAUACGUGAAAGGGGGCCAUCAAAGGAAGUUGUCGGUUUGUUAGAGCGCUGCUUCCAGGCGUUGCGAAAGGGCUCAUUGCACGCCGCGGGCUUGACCAGCGGCCAGGAUGGAGAAGCGGAAGAAGACGACAACGGCGAACAGCAGCAGAUGCGGCUGGAGAAGGUUAUGGGCACACUCUUCAAAGCGGCUGUUGCAAUCAUGGGCGGAGACGGAGACGAUGCAGAGUCGGCCGCGUAUCCCAGCCUGCUGCAGGAGAACGUAGACCUGCUGAACUUUAAACAGCUAGCCGCGCUCCUUUCCGAAAUUUGUCGUACGGUGGAGGGCGGCAGUCGGGGUGCCGUACGAAUGCUACAGCUGCUACCCCGGGCGGCGACACAGCUGCUGGCAAUGGGCGCACCAGAGGAUGAGGCGGAGGAGGACGCUGCCCUAGAGGCAGCAGUGGGAGGCGGGCGGGGUGCAGCAGGCGGCGGUCCCGCUAGCGCCGCCGCUAACCAUGUGGGCACGGCACUGCACCGCCUGACACACGCGGAGUGGAUUCCGGAGCGAAGAGGAGGAGGGGCUGCAGCAGGAGGAGGAGGAGGCGGGGGUACGGUGCUUGCCGUACCUAUCAUGGAGGCGCUGCGGGAGGUGCCCAUGACCCCCGCCCAGCUGCGCGCGGUGGUGCUCAGGUGCCUCUCCGCGUGCGGCGGC